GAGACGCGGGAACCUCUGACCUUCCCCUAACUGCCUACAAGAAUUUAGACGGAGGAUCUCUUCCCUCAAGGGCGCUGCCGGUGCAGAUACGCGCCGUGCAACAGGAACUAGCUGGGCAGACACAGAGGGACCCAGCACCGUUUGUUUGAUCAAACGUCUCCUCCCCGUGACCCAUUGUCUCUCUGCAGCAGCGCAAACAUCAGUUCGGCAAACGCUUGCUCUUUUUCAUCUUCCUGAGAAUUUCCUUCCUCCCUCUUGAAUUCCCAAAGCACUACCCCUAACAUCUUCUGUCUUUAGCUGAAGAUGGUGUGUGAGGUGCUGACUUCUGCCAUUUUGCCUUGAGUGAGUUCUGACCAACCAGUUCGGCAGCGUGACAGACAGUCGACCUCCUAUCUCGUGGUUUCUAUCAAGUUCCUGAUUCUCAUCUGUUCCUGAAGACGAGCAAGAACCCUGAGUCUAACAGUCUCCACUUGGAGCGUCCGCUGAGACAUUCUGAAAUGGUUGUUGCUUGACUCACAGAUGAAAGACUACAAACAGCAGGAGUCCAGGCAGAAAGCAAAGCAGAUUUCCCUCAACGUCAGAUGUUACACCCAGUGGCUGAGCCAGUCUUGCCUUUAGAAACCACAAGAGACUGGAUAAACUGAUGUGGCUGUCCAGUUUUCCAAGCACCACUUACUGAAGAGACUGUCUUUUCUCCAUUGUAUAUUCUCGCCUCCUCUGUCAAAGGAUCACUGGUGAAGAAACACCUCGGCCACUUCAAGAUGACAAGCGCUCACUGGGCUAAAUUAUUUCAUUGAAAGGAAACCUCACACUGGACAAAAUUUUUACAAAGGCCACGCCUUCGGAAGUUGCCAGACCAUGAAUGCCACCGCCGCCCCACCCGAGGAGGGGUCCUGCCCCUCGAACACCCUCAUCACCGAGCAGGUCAUCCCCGCGCUGUACUUCGUGAUCUUCGUGGCCGGCAUCCUGCUCAACGGCGUGUCGGGGUGGGUGUUCUUCUACGUGCCCAGCUCCAAGAGUUUCAUCGUCUAUCUCAAGAACAUUGUCGUGGCCGACUUCCUGAUGAGCCUGACUUUUCCUUUCAAGAUCCUGGGGGACUCGGGCCUGGGCCCCGCGCAGCUGAACGUCUUCGUGUGCCGGGUCUCGGCCGUGCUCUUCUACAUCAACAUGUACGUCAGCGUCAUGUUCUUCGGGCUCAUCGGCUUCGACAGGUAUUACAAGAUCGUGAAGCCUCUCCUGACGUCUUUCAUCCAGUCCGUAAGCUACAGCAAACUGCUGUCGGUGCUGGUGUGGGGCCUCACGCUGCUCAUUGCCCUUCCCAACAUGAUCCUGACCAACCGGGGUGUGGCGGGGACCGCGCGCGUGAGAUGCAUGGACCUUAAGAGCGACCUGGGCCUCAAGUGGCACAAAGUCUCCAGCUACAUCUUUGUGGGCAUCUUCUGGAUCGUGUUUCUCUCCCUAAUCGUCUUCUACACUGCUAUCACGAAGAAGAUCUUUAAGUCCCAUCUCAAGUCCAGAAAGAAUUCCAUAUCGGUCAAGAAGAAAUCUAGCCGCAACAUAUUCAGCAUUAUGUUCGUGUUUUUCAUCUGCUUUGUGCCUUACCACAUUGCCAGAAUCCCCUACACAAAGAGCCAAACAGAAGCUCAUUACAACUGCCAGGCAAAAGAAAUCCUGCUCUAUGUGAAAGAAUUCUCUCUGCUACUGUCAGCUGCAAACGUAUGCCUGGACCCCAUUAUUUAUUUCUUUCUAUGCCAGCCAUUUAGAGAGGUCUUGUGUAAGAAAUUGCAUAUCCCAUUAAAAACUCAGCAUGACUCGGACACUUCCAAAACCAAAAGGGAAAAUACAAUACGGGAAAGCACAGAUACUUUGUGAGUUCCCACCUCCUUUCAAAUUAAGCUCAUGCAUGCAUACUGUAAUCUUCAAUUCCAUAACAAAACAGAAUGAAUACUGAAUACACGUGUCCACAAUAGUAUCAUCUCUAGGCAUCACUAUUCAACUUAGUGGAAUAAUAAAGUUAAUAGGUAAGUUUCCAUGCUUCUUUUGUAACAUCAAAGAGAAAAAUAAUACAUUAUUUAAUCUUAUCCCAUCAAAAUAGAAGGUUUAAACGUAUAAUCAGUAGCCUGGUCAGUUCAUACACAACUUUAAACAGCAAAUACAUAGGAAGCAAUAAAGACAAUUCACAGGUGUGUCUUCUUCUAAAAACAAGAAUUAAGUUACACAGUUUUUUUCAACAGGGUCAUUAAAGACCAGUGUAAAAGCAGGCAGAGUUGAUAUGGACUUAAGAGGCCAGUUUGUAGUGAAAAAAGUCAAGUUUUCUCUGAUUUGAAGAACCUGGGUAAGCAGACAAUGAGAAAAUUACUUAAGAAAUCCCCAACUGAUUUAUUUCAUCACAUCUCAAAGGAAAGCAGAUAUAACUUCUGUACACCACAGCAAAAAAUGUAAUUUUUCUCUGAUAGCAUUUUGAGGAUAAGGUAACUUUUAAAUUCUUUAUAUGAAGGUUAGCUAAGCCACUUAAUGAGCCUGGGGUUCUGGUCUUAGAAUAUGUUUAAGUGAACUCUACAGAGAGAAGCUAGGUAGUGGCAUGUGUUGUGAGCAACUUCCUCUGCUCAAUGGUAUGGGAAAAAAUAUAUAUAUAUAGGCUGAUUGGGGAAAAGGCAUAUGCACACAAAUACCCCCCAGGCUGGCAACAUACAUUAUUCCCUAGGAGCAGAAAGAAACAGAUUCUGUAGAAAGCAACUGGACUUCAUAAAAAAGAAAAUCUAAAAUUUAUGAGUGAUAAAUUACACACAAAAUGAAAAUUUACAUAUCACAUUUUAUGAAAAACAAAUUUCAUAUGUGCAGAUAUAGGAUAUGGUCGCUGGCUCUGCGAGUUAUCAAAGCUAAAUUCUUUCCUUGCUAUUAACUUGCCUGAAGAUAUUUAGCCCAACUUUCAAAUGUUCUUCUCAAACAUUUUUGUAUGUUUACAUAUAUAUAUUUUUUCAAGCCCUAUCAUAUAUGUACUAAUAAAAAAAUAUUUUUCAUAGUGUCAAUUUUUCCCUUAAUAGUCAAGAUAUUAAAAAACAGUACCAGAUUUCCUCAGUCAAGACAUGGGUGGUUGCGUUAGUACACUCGGUCAGACAAGCUAAUAAAAGGCAGAGAGAGCAGGCAUAGGAAAACCCAAGCUAAGAGUUAUAUCGAGUACUUUUGAAAUCCUAUGUGCCACUGACUUUUCAAAACUAAAUAUUUCUAUGUUCUAGGACCUCAUCAGAUUUUAGAGAACAGUGAGAAGGCACAUUUUAAACUGAGGAAGAUCUGGGAAGGUCUUCACACUCUGAAUCCACCUUCCAGUCUCUGCUCCCAACUCUGGGUCAAAUGUUCUCUUCCAAAAAGAACAAAAUCACAAUUCUAUCAUACGCAUGCCCGGCAAAACUAAGUGUGCUAUAUAGCAUUUGUCUGGCUAAACAUAUCUGCAAAAGAAAGUAGCUUGUUUGUAUUCAGUUCCCAUUGUUCAGGGCAAAUUAUUACAUCCUGAUGUUUUACAUACCCCUACUACAGCACCAGAGGAGAAACUGAAAGUAUAAAAGAAGACACGAACCAACCAGCAAUGCGUCUGUAGCCACUGCGGCCAAGCAAACCGGAAAUAUGAAAGGCAGUAUCUGUCAGGAAACAAUAUGCAAUGCAAAUAAGGACGGGUGAACCAAGAGGUGAACAGCUGCAACUGCGUAUCAGAACUUGUGAAGCACAAGACCUAUACUUGGAAAAGGGUGAGACACUGAAGAAGACACAAACAGAUGGAAAGACGUCUGGUGCUCACAAACUGGCAGAAUCAGUACUGCUAACAUGAUCACACCACCUAAGGCAACCUACAGGAUCAAUGCUAUCCCUAUGAAAAUAUUAGUGGCAUUGUUUACAGAACUAGAACAAAUAAUUCUAAAGUUUAUGUGAAAACACAAAGGCCUCUGAAAAGCCAAGAUAAGCUUGAGAAAGGAGAACAAAGCUGGAGGUAUCACACUGCCUGAUUUAAAACUAUACUGAAAAGCUAUAGUAGCCAAAAGAGGAUGGUACUGGCACAAACACAGACACAUAGAUCAACGGACUAGAACAAAGGGGCCCAAAAUGAACCCUUACUUACACAAUCAACUAAUCUACAAAAAGGAGGCAAGAACAUACAAUGGAGAAAAGACAGCCUCCUCAGUCAACGGUGUUGCAAAAACUGGGCAUCUAUAUGCAAAAGACAGAAACUGGACUAUUUCCUAACACCAUAUACACAAAUAAACUCAAAUGGAUAAAACACUGAAAUCUAAGAUUUGAAGGCAUAAAACUUCUAGAAGAAAACACAGGCAGUACACUCUUUGACACUGGUGGAAGCAAUUUUUCGGGAUAUGUUUCAAGCAAGGGAAACAAAAGCAAAAGUAAACAAACUACAUCAAACUAAAAAACUUUUGUACAGCCAAGGAAAUAAACAAGAAAGCAGAAAGGCCAGGAACCCUCACGCACGAUCAGUGGUGAUGUAAAUGGGUAAUGCCACCGUGGAAAACAGUACGGAAGGUCCUCAACAAAAAUAAAAACAGAACUAUCAGCAAUUAUACUUCUCAGUACUUUUCCCGAAAAAACCAAAAACACUUAUUCUAAAAGAUGUGUGCAUCCCUAUGCUCACUUCAGCAUUAUUUGCAAUACUCAAGACAUGGAAGCAACCUAAGUGCCCAUCAAUAGAUGAAUGCAUAAAGAUGAUGUGAGAUACACACAAACAUAUACAUACACACAGACAGACAUAUAUACCAAGCACAAACAGGGGGCAGUCAGAGGGGAGGAAUCAGUGAAACAAGUCAGGGAUCAAAGAAGCAACAAACUUCUAGUUAUACAGUAAAUAAAUCAUGGGAUGUGAAUGUAAUGUACAACAGAGAAUUUAAUCAAUAAUAUGGGCUUCCCUUGUGGCUCAGCUGGUAAAUAAUUGUCUGCAAUGCAGGAGUCCUAGGUUCCAUCCCUGGGUCAGGAAGAUCACUUGGAGAAGUAAAUGGCAACCCACUCCAGUACUCUUGCCUGGAAAAGUCCAUGGACAGAGGAGCCUGGUAGGCUACAGUCCAUGGGGUUGCAAAGAGUUGGACCCGACUGCACAACUUCACUUUCACUUUCUACUUUCACUGGUGACAGAUGGAAACCAGACAUAUCAAGGUGAUCCUCUUGUAAUGUGUAAAAGUGAUCACUGCUAUGCACCUGAAACCAACAAUACUAUAAGACAGUCACCCUUCAAUUUAAAACCUGAAGAAAAAAAUUCAGAUCAAGACUACAAACAAAUCUUUGGAUUUAACUUUUAAAGAUCAUUUAAGACUUUAGCGAGAGGAAUUUCUGUAAGAAAUUUAUCAGAGUUAGAAGUCAGAUCAUAAGGAGUUUAUUCAAAUAUUGAAAAGUUAGGUAAAUAAAAGCAAUGAGCAUUUUUUUAAGAAAGAAACUUAAAGGUCCAUGGCUACAAUAAAAAAUAGAAAAAUAGAGCAACAGCAAAAGUGGAUUAAUCCAGAAACUUCUGAGAUCAUUAUUAGUUUUUAAAUUAUUUUCUGUAAUAUGUUCUAGUUUAUAAACAAGACUUGUAAUACAUAUUUGCUGCAGCUAAAAAAUACAACAUUCCACACAAGCAGUGCUAUGAAACAAAGCAUUUUGAAAACCGGCUUAUGACAAACACAAGCCACGUUUUGUUAAAGUGCUUCUUCCAGGAGUGAGAGGUUAACAGGCAGGAAGGCUAGGGGUCUUCAAAACAGAGAAAAUAGGCUGCAAGUGUCAGACUUUAGUGGCAGGAGGAAACAAACUACAAGUGUCAGAUUUUUUUCUCUUAAAAUUCUCUGUUGCCAGGACGAUACCUGGUUCCACCAGAACUUAACUUUUCUCAAAACUUGAACUAACCAAUGCUUUUUUCUUAUGGAAAUAUUUUUCUUAAGUCAUGUUAAUGAAACUAUGUAUUUGCUUUGGAAUCUAUCUUUCUUCAAACUGGUUCCACCUAAAAUUAACUUUUGGCUGAUAACAGCUCAACAAACCACUAUUCAUAUCAGUUGUUUUAUGGCUGGGGGACGACACACCUGUGCCAUCCUAUCUCAAAAAUGCAUAUUGUGGGAGAGGGGGCAGGUCAGCCUUGAAGUGUCUCUCUUAAUUGUUAAUAGCUUUCUAACAGACAUAAAACUAGCAAGGGGGGCCACUCUCCGUCCCCCUUCUGAUGUCUAUGUCAGAAGCUUUCUCUGUCCCAUUUUAUACUCUAAUAAAACUCUGCUAUACAGAAGCUCUUGACUGAUCAAGCCUGGUCCCUGGUCCGGAAGUUAAAUCUUCUUCGGAGAUCACGAAUCUGACACAGUUCACCGUGAGCUAUCAGGAGGAUGUCCUGUCAUAAAGCGGUGAUCCAUACAUCACUCGAAUCUGGCAGAGAAGAGGUGGCCAAAAGGAA